CUCGGAACAUCGGGUUUGUGCGGUUCUAAAUUUAAGAACGGUGUAUAUGCUUUCUGCUGUUCAACCUAACGUUAGUCGCUUUGCUAACGACAGGCUAUAAUCAGCUUCUUUGCCUAGUCAUGUCGUGUGGCAGGCUCAUGUCCGCUCCAGUGUGUCUCAUUGAAAACGAUGAAAAUGGGCAGCUGCAUGUGAGAAAAGAGGCCAAAGACAUUCUGGAUGGGAUCAAGGAGCCGGUGGUGGUGGUGUCUGUGGUGGGACUCUACCGUACGGGGAAAUCUUACCUCAUGAACCGCCUGGCAGGACAACAGUCUGGCUUUGCUCUCGGCAGCACUAUUGAAUCGAAGACUAAAGGCAUCUGGAUGUGGUGUGUCCCUCACCCUUAUAAAGAAGGACACACUCUGGUCCUGCUGGACACAGAGGGACUUGGUGACAUUAGGAAGAUAUGGGAGGAAGACCUCAGCAUUGAUGGGGAUGAGAUACAUGACACAUGGAUCUUCUGUCUGGCUGUUCUUCUCUGCAGCAUUCUAGUGUACAACAGCUUAGGGGUCAUUGAUAACAUGGAACUGGAAAAGCUGCAAUAUCCUUCUCACACAAGAAGCACAAAACAUGCACAUACAAGUGCAAUAGAUUGA